AUGCCUAUACUCGCUGAGGUGGACAGGGCCAUCUCCGCUGCCAUUGAGGCUUACCAGUUUAUCCAACGUUACCGCAGAGCUGACAAGGAAAUUCAAGAACUCGGCUCCGAUAUACUUGCUCUCACAGCUGUCCUUGACUCGAUUGCAACUGUUUGCGAAACCACACCGGAUAGCAAAUGCCUCGAUGCUUUGAGGCUUCCCCUUAUUACCUGUUCCUUGAAUAUCAAAACCCUUAAGGAUCGGCUCCCAGAUUCGGCGAAGGAGAGAAACGGUGAACUCAAGUCUCCAUUACCUUUCCUCAGUGCCAAGUUUGCUAGGGAGGGGAAAACAGGGCUGGACAGUCUCAGAAGGUCGUUGCUCGAAUGCAAGGCCAUCUUGAAGCUUGCAUUAAGCAACACCCAGUUACGAUUUCAGAAUAGCCUGGACCUGAAUAGCGCUGAAAUGAGACAGGCCCAAGACGAGGUCCGGCCGAAGCUGCGAGGACUCGAGCCUCGCAUCGCGGCGCGAGACGCGGAUUCGGAUGCCCAGAUUGCAGGAUACGACGGGCGUGAUGAACCACGACCGAACGAAGAUGAGGAGGCUGGCAGCGGCCAUGCGUUGAAAAAGUACCGUCUACAGUUAAGGGAGAGGCCCGAGAACUUGAACUCUCCUGGAGGCCCUGUUAACGAUCAAACCUCGAACACCCGGCAAUACUCUGGAAAUUCUCAAGGCAUGCUUGCCAGGGCGUCUACCAAUCCUCAGCGUCGGCAACCAGUCUCUCGAGGAUACUCUGACAGCUCGGAAAGCGUCCCUCGCACGCCUACGCGUACCCAGCAUCAACAUUCAGACGCAGAAACAUACUCUGGUAGUUCUCGAGGGCAACCCGACAGCUCUCAGCGAGGAAUAAUUGAUGGAUCUUCUACCCACUAUCGGCGACUAAGCACCGAGGAAUCCCUUGCCAACGAUUUGCGAGAUCGCCGCCGAGAAAGACAUCCUCGGUACAACGGAUACCCUUGA